GUGAUAUUGAACGCAUACGUGAUGGUAUUGGCUAUAAAUGUGGUUUAUUCAUUCAAUCUUUGGCAACCUUUUUUGGUGGUUUCGUGAUUGGUUUUGUUGAAGCUUGGCAAUUAACAUUGAUUAUUGUAUUUCUUGCCCCUUUUUUGAUCAUUACAACUUCAUAUAAAGGAGUGUAUAUGACCAGAGCAACUAUACGAGAACAAGAAAACUAUGCAAAAGUAUCGGCUGUCGCUGAGGAAGUGUUCGCUAGUGUAAGGACAGUUCUAGCUCUUUGUGGUCAAUUUUACGAGAUUCAAAGGUACCAGAGUUUACUUGAAGAGGCUAAAAAGUUAAUCAGAAAAAAGUAUUUUGUGUUUGGUGCUGUUAUUGGUUUGGAUUUUCUGAUUCUUUACUCGGCUUAUGGUAUUGCUUAUUGGUUUGGAGCCAAUUUAGUUUUACAAGGUACGAUAACUCCAGGAUCAAUUUUCAUUAUAUUUUUAGCUGUGAUCCUUGGUUCAUUAUCACUGGGAAAUGCAAUGCCUUCAUUAACUGACAUUGCUGCAGCGAAGGGAUCGGCAGCCAAUAUCUAUUCAAUAAUAGAACGAGUUCCUGAAAUUGACUGUUACUCCGAAAAAGGU